AUGCUUACCCUAACUUUGACGGCUGAUUUGACGGGGGUGACUGAACUUAGACCUGAUGACACGCCUGAGGUCCCCUUUUGGUACACAUUUAAAGUCCAGUGUUCCUCAUGCCGCGACGUCCAUUCGAAUGCUGUGAAUAUCAGCCGAUUUGAGGCCAAUCAAAUGAGCGGUAGUCGAGGUGAAGCCAACUUUGUCUGGAAAUGCAGGUCGUGUAAGCGAGAAUCAUCGGCAACAAUCCUGGCGCCCCCCAUUGCAUACCAGCAAGGAUCUCCGCCUCAGCGCCAAAAAGUUUUGGAAUUUGACUGUCGGGGACUCGAGCUAGUAGAAUUUAUACCGGAAGGCGAUUGGCUUGCCACAGGUAUUGAAUCUAGCACUCACUUUGAAGGGAUUAAUCUCAGCGAAGGAGAAUGGUACGACUAUGAUGAGAAAUCAGGAGAAGAAGUGAGUAUCAUGGAUCUAAAGUGGGAGAUUCGUAGGAACUGA